AUGUCCACUCGGUACGAACGAGUGUUCCUCCCUGCUACGGGCUUUCUUAAAGUCCACUUCGGCGAUGAGCAGCGCUUCGUUUCCCAGCGAUUAUUCAUUAUUUGCCCGCAAGAGUUGCCUACACGCACCCACGUUUUCAUCAGACGCGACGCAGUUCGUCAACCACUUCAGCCCAUCUACGACGGACCUUUCAGAGUGCUCAGACAAGAAGAAAAGGUUUUUAUCGUCGACCACACUGGGAAAGAAGACGCCGUGUCUGUCGACCGACUCAAGCCAGCCUUCCUAGACAUAGAGACCUCGCCAAACAAUAAGCCUCGGAUGCAACCAAAUCCUGCCUCUCCCGAUAACAAAAAGGCUGUAACCACGACACGCUCAGACAGACGCGUCCAUUGGUUCGAUCGAUAUUCAGCUUGA